CCAGUCUAAAAAUUCAUGGAAGCUGAAAGAAAAAAUGCAGAAGCUCCAGACACAGCUAGAGGAGUUUAAAAGAAAAUCUGAGUGUGAACUAAAGCAACUAGUGAAAGAGAAAGAAGUCCUAACUGGGAAACUUCAAAACGCUUCACUUGAGGUGGCUCAGCUGAAGAAAAUAUUAGACCAACAAGCAAACAAUUUCAAGGAGUCACUGAAGAAACAUAAUCUACAGUCCAGCAAAGAAAAAGAGAAGCUUUUGCAGGAUCUUCAAAACACCAUUAAAGAAAACCAGAAUGUUAAACUGCAGCUGGAGGCAUCGCAUCAAAAGGUCUUAAAAAUGUUGGAGAAAAACAAAAAUCAGGAACUCAAGGAGGCAGAAGAACGUUUGAAAAAGGAAUUUAAUGAGACUUUCAAGAUCCAACAUCAGUCUCAUAGGCUGGAAAUACAAACCUUGGAAGAGAAAGCAAAGAAAGAAUUACAUGAUGAACUCGAGCAGAUACAGAAGCAGCAAAGCCUGUUGCUAGGAUCUCUAAGGGUGGAACUUUCUGAGCAACAGACAUCAUGCAGUAAUCUCAAGAAACAAAUAGAAGAACUCCAAGUAGAGCUGAGGAGUGAGAGGACACUGAAGAAGCAACAGGAAGGAAGUAGCCAGAGCCAGAUCAGAUCUCUUCAUGGUGAACUGGAAAAAUGUCAGAGUGAAAUUUCUGAACUCAAGAAAGAGAAUUUACUUUUGAAGGACACAAUGGAGCUACUCAGUGCUGAGUUGGAGUCACAGAAGCAAGAAGCUGCAGAGCUUCAGGAUAGGGAGAAACGGCACAGAAGGCUACUGUUAGAAGACCUCAAUAUCAAGCAUAAAAAAGAACUGGACAUACUGAAACAGGAUCACCGGAAGGAAAUGGGAAACAUAUUGUCUGAUUUGAGCAGCACUCGGGCACAUCUCCAAGCAAAGAUUUUCUCCUUAGAAACUGAACUUAAAGAAUUUGAAGAAAAAUCAAGAAAGUGGGAGUCCAGAUCAGAAGAUACACACCUUAUAAGCUGUCUGCGAGACAAAUUAAGUGAAAGAGAAGAGAUUAUCAAGCAGCUGGUGGAAGGAAGAAAAUGUCAGCAUUCGCUUUUAGCCAACACUGAAUCUUACAGGAAUCGAUCAUUUUCUUUCAACCCUAAUACAGGAUGCUUGAAUCCUUCCAUGAAGCAGCAGAAGAAAACGGUUGAGGUGCCCAGUCGUGUUGUCAGUGUUCCGAAUUUAGCUUCCUACGCAAAAAGCUUUUUGAGCUGUGACUUGAGAUCAAAAAGAAGUGCUCCUCACAUAACAAAAUCUACAAGCUUAGACCGGAGUCCUGGCUGCCUCAGGGUGAGCUCUCCAUCAGCACAGUCCUCAAACAGCAGUGCUGCCACAAGGACACAUGGCAAUGAACCACCACAAACCAAAGAUGACCAAAACCAAGACGCCCAGCAUCAAGAAUGGUUUACUAAAUAUUUUUCAUUUUAG